CUAAGUAGACCAAAGCCCGUGGGGGCUGGAACAUGCCCUACUGUGAAGUAUGACUAGGGACCCUCGGUUAGAGGGAGGCAGGGCUUGAGUCAUUGUGGAAAUCGGAAAUGGGUGAGAUGUCUCCCACCACCAGCAGCACUUAGGCCACAUUGCCGUCCCCCGGAGUCCACAUUUGUCCUAGUCAAGGAGUCAUCUUAUAAUGGCUAUUAGUAUUCUCACUCAUGAUCAUCAGCCUGGUGCUAUUCCAAUAUGGGAAAUAAUCACAAGUAUUAUUCUCACAUUGAAUUAAGAAGAUAAAACAAUCAGAUGUUCAUCCCUCCUCUACAACAGCACUCUAUACUGUACCCAGAGCUUCCUCUCCACCCUUAGACUGGGAGUUUUCUUUCUUUUCUGAAUAACAUUGACAAUAGAGUGGGAAAUUGCUGUCCUGCGAUUGCCUGAACCUAGGCGUGUGGCAGGAGGGCAGCAACCGGAGCUCAGAGGACACCAGAUCACAGGGCAGUGGCCAACUCAAGGCACGGGCCACUGCUGCUCCCCCCGCAGGAUGGCUGGCACUGUGCUUGGAGUGGGUGCUGGCGUGUUCGUCUUUGCCCUGCUCUGGGUGUUGGUGCUGCUGCUGUGUGUGCUCCUGUCCAGAGCCUCCGGGAUAGCCAGGUUCUCUGUUGUUUUUGUAUUCCUCGCUGCUGUGAUCAUCACAUCAGUUCUGUUGCUUUUCCCCCGAGCCAGUGAAUCUCCAGCCCCAGAGGUUGAAAUUAAGAUUGUGGAUGCCUUUUUCAUUGGCCGCUAUGUCCUGCUGGCCUUCCUCAGCGCUGUCUUCCUUGGAGGCCUUUUCUUGGUCCUAAUUCAUCAUGUUCUGGAACCUGUCUAUGCCAAACCACUGCGGUCCUGCUGAGCACUAUGUGGGAAAACCAAGACCCUGUCCUCUCCUUCAUUUUGAUGUCACUGAUGAGCAGAAAGGCAUUAUUCAGAAACUUGUGUUGACAGUCUUCAUGCCCUGAGAUCCAUUCAUUGCAAAGACAAAUCUCUUGAGUCCUGGCUUCCAGAAACAGGGUUGCAAAUUGUCCCGGGGGUGGGGUGGGGGGGAUAAGAUUCCCACCAGUGAAAAGGGAUAUUGCUGUCUUCUUAGUAAAUCUAUCUCAGGAUUUCCAUCUGUUUUGAAAGGAAAAUAGUAACAGUAAUCGGCUUAGAGUAGAUUUUUCAAUCAAGUUGUUAGUAAGUGGAUUUUGGGAAAAGGAGCACUUUGGCUUCUGUUGUUCAAUAAAAGAACCUGGUCCGUUUUGAUAAUAGGUAAAAUUCUUAGUUUUAAGGUUGGAAUCAUUUGUAAAGGAAAGGCACUCAGAUUCCAAAGGUUGUUUUGUGUUUUAAUUUGGAACAUUUAGUCAGAUGUUUGUUAUUGACUGCUCUAUGCAUAUAAUUCCACAAAACUCUACACAGGCAAUGGGUGUCACUCCCCUCUGCUCUACUAAAGCAGUAAACAACAACCAGAGGGCUGAUUUUCACUUCAAAUUCUUGGUCACAGCUGUCUGAAUCUAGUAUUUUUAUAUUUCAGGUUUGCUAAGGAAAGGUAUGGAAAUGUUGACUGCAGCCAUGCAUCUCUGGGUCCUUUUUCUUCCAGGAUUCAGUGGCCUCUGUGUGCCUUAUUUAUUUACAUAAGAGUCCAUUUUGGGUUAUUGUCCUCUCUUUUCGUCUUUGUAGCCCUUUCUCCAAGCUAGUGAGGAAUGUAUAUCCUCAGCAUUAGAUAUAACUUUAUUCCUGCCUGACCUCCCAGACCAAGUGAAAUUUGGCAUUAAACAGAGGGGCUCUUGAGAGUGGGUAUGGGGCACCCCUAUAAUCAGUGUCCAAUAUGGUAUUCCUUAUGCUCAUGGCCUUCCUGGAGACAAGACUCAGAGGUCAUCCCUUCAGUGCUAACAGAAAUCUUCUUAGUGUUCCAUUAACCAUUCUUCCAUCAUGGCCUUUUGAACAGGUUGUGCUAUACGGUUUCCUACCCAGAGGGGAUCCUGUGGCAGAGACUGUGGUGAUCUCCACUGUUUAAAAGGUGGGAAAGGAGAGUAAAGUCAGAUUUCUGUAUAAGAAAACAGGUUGUUUCAUAGUCUCUUAAAAUUGUAUCCUGACAAAAGCUAAAUUAGAAGGACACCACCCUGCCCCCACAAUAGAGGUAUUUGUCCCAUCUGUUAAGUGGCCUGUGUGCUAUGGUUUAGAAGUUUCUCAAGCCAGCAAAACACUACUGGGUAAGUUUUUGAUAAGUGCCUUAAAUUUCUCACUUAUGAAAAUGGAAGUAAAGCUAACAUUCUUUGUUGGUGCACAGUAUCAGAUAUUUAAUGUAAAACUGCCUCAAAAUUAUUGUACCAGCAUUCAGGCACUAGGAAAUGCAUAGCCAUUCAUUCAUGCAGAGGACAUAUACUGCCAUUCACUCCACGUUUAUUAUGUGCCUCUUGGGCAUAAAGCCCUGGUCCCCGUGGAGUAAGCCAAUGGAAGAACUAGGCCCUGCGGUGUCUAGCCAUCUUCCUAACUCCAUCCGGGGAUGAAGGCAUCCAAAUUAUUUUAAAGUGUUUUUAUUCUAACAUAAAGGAAUCCAUUUAUUGUUCUGUUCUUUAAGACAUAAACUUUUCUAUCAAAUUUCAUUGCUGCUGCACCUGAAGCAUUUCUGUUUUGUUUUUUGUUCAGUGUGUAAAGAAACCUGCUGCAAUUAUUUUACGGAUGAGAAACAGGCAGAGAGAAGGGAUUUAAAAAGUAUCACAGCUAGUUAGUAGUGGGGCUCAAAUUGAAAUCCGCAUUCCUGACUUUCCCAGAUAGUUUAAGGAUAGUUUCUCAGAUAGUUUAAAGAUCACUUGGUUUUCAAACAACUCCUUAUUUUUACAUUGAUUAAUACUAUUUCUUAGCUAUUUUUACCAACCAUUUCCCUAACUCACGUCCCAAAAGGUAAAAGUUUCAUUAAAGAAUUCUAAUUAACAUUUAUAGUAUAAAUAAGUAUUUUAUCAUAACUCCUUGGCUUAAACAUGUAAGUAUUUGGCUGUUGUUACAUAGAAACAAAUUUCCAGGUGUGGGAAUCAGAAUUGUAUGGAAACAAAUCUGGAAAAGUGUUGAUUAUCCUCAUAGAAGCAUAAAAACUCAGUAUUGGAAGGGAUUUUGUAGUU